CAGACACAGUCUGGAGCAGGUGCAAUCACUCCUUGAGAAUGUCAGUGGUGAUGCUGAUAUCUCUCAUCCUCCUCGCUCUGGGGUUUGCAGGUGCCGAGGAGUGUACUGUGUAUGCUGCUGUUGGGAGGAACAAGGUGAUUGACCAUGGCCUGGAGUUGCUUGGACAGUCAUUUCACUUACGGUGGACCCAUGACCAUAAGAUAGUUUACGACACCAGGAAGAAUACUAAGCCAAAACCCCAGACCACACCGAAUGGUUCUCUGUUACUAACUAACCUACAGCUGAAUAAUACAGGGUCUUACCAGGUCAGCAUCUACGACAACGUGGGGAAACUCGUGUUAGAAAAAACAACUCACCUGUGUGUGCUCUUGCCUGUGUCUAAGCCACGUCUGACACACACCUGUACGGAUGCAUCUGUCAGUCUGAGGUGCGAUGUGGGCAACUCUGUGGAUGUUAACGUGGUGUGGAGCCGUAACAGACAAACACUGACAGGAUCCACUGACAAAACUCUGACAAUAACCAAGGCAAUGCUGAAAUCUGUAGACCUCUACGUGUGUACAGUGAGUAACAAAGCCAGUGAAGAGAAGAGUGACGAUGUUAACCCUGAAUGUGCAGAGGAUUCUUCCUCUACAGUGCUCUUGUUUGGGAUGAAGCUAUGGCUGAUGGUGGCGAUUCUGGCUGGUGGAGGUGGUCUGCUCCUCAUCCUCAUCGUCAUCACCUUGGUGUGUGUCUGCCAGAGCCGCAGGCGGCGCGCGAGUCGCUUAAAAGAAGAGGAGGAGAUGAGACUUGCACCCCUCACCCAGCCCACGCGUCAAGCAUCCCUCCACCACCACCAUCACCCACACCCACACAAGUCCCAGAGCCGAACCCGGCCGAAAAACAGAACUCCGUCACAGGCCACCCAAAACUCCAGACCAGUGCCUCGACCCAGGUCUCCACAGCCUAAACCAGAUGAUGCACCACCCAUACCAAUUCCCAGGCGGACAGGACCCUGGAACCACAGGAGUUAGGUGUGUGUGUGUGUGUGUGUGUGUGUGUGUGUGUGUGUGUGUGUGU